AUGUUGUUAAUAAUUUGCUUAGUAGGUACCGUAGCACGUGUGUAGCGAAAUUUAAUAUUUAGAAACUAAAAUAUAUUUUUAAAAUCUUGUUUUCUUUCUCUAAUGUAUUUACAGUAAAGUGUAAACAUGCCAGACAUGAAGUAUAUUUUAGUAACAGGAGGCGUUAUAAGUGGCGUGGGUAAAGGAGUCAUCGCAAGCUCAUUUGGCACUAUUUUGAAGAGUUGUGGAAUUGAUGUUACUUCCAUAAAAAUUGAUCCGUAUAUUAAUAUUGACGCGGGAACUUUCUCUCCGUAUGAACAUGGUGAAGUCUACGUUCUUGAUGACGGUGGUGAAGUUGAUCUUGAUCUUGGCAACUAUGAGCGUUUUCUAGACAUAACCUUACAUAGAGAUAAUAAUAUAACAACAGGCAAAAUAUAUCAACAAGUUAUUGAAAGGGAACGUCGGGGAGACUAUUUAGGGAAGACUGUUCAAGUUAUCCCACAUAUUACUGAUGCUAUACAAGAAUGGGUUCAAAGAGUUGCUCAUAUUCCGGUUACCCCAGAUCACAUGCCACCAAAAGUGUGCAUUGUGGAGUUGGGAGGAACUAUAGGGGACAUUGAGGGCAUGCCAUUUGUGGAAGCCUUUAGACAGUUUCAGUUCCGAGUGAAAAGGGAGAACUUUUGUUGUGCACAUGUGUCAUUAAUUCCAAUGCCUAAAUCUACAGGAGAACCCAAAACAAAACCAACACAAUCAUCAGUACGAGAAUUGCGUGGCCUUGGCCUGUCACCCGAUCUCAUACUUUGUAGGUCGGAAAAGCCCAUCCAUCACAAUAUUAAGGAAAAAAUUUCUAACUUUUGCCAUGUUACUCCAGAACAAGUUAUUUGUAUUCACGACCUUACAUCUGUGUAUCACGUACCUUUAUUGAUGGAAGCACAAGGUGUUGUUCAAUAUUUAAAUGAGAGACUUCAGUUGAAUAUAGCUAUGCCUCGCCCAGGAAGGUUCAUGCAAAAGUGGUAUAAUCUAGCACGAAGUAUUGAAAAUGUGAGGAAGGAACUAAAUAUUGCCCUGGUUGGCAAAUAUACAAAAUUGGAAGACAGCUAUGCAAGUGUUACUAAAGCUUUACAGCAUUCAUGUAUUGCUGCAGGAUGUAAACUCAAUCUUAAAUACAUUGAGGCAGUUAAUCUGGAAAAAAACACAAAAUUUGAUGACCCAGUUGCUUAUCACAAAGCUUGGCAGGACCUGUGUAAGAGUGAUGGCGUGAUUGUACCAGGUGGAUUUGGACAAAGAGGUUUGGAAGGAAAAAUUGAAGCUUGUAAUUGGUGCAGAGAAACACAGAAGCCAAUGCUGGGAAUCUGCCUUGGCUUACAAGCUGCUGUUAUAGAGUUUGCUAGGAAUGUUUUAAAUUUAAAGGGAGCAAAUACUACAGAGGUAGAUCCAAAUUGUGAGGACAAAUUGGUUAUUGAUAUGCCAGAACAUCACCCUGAAAAUUUGGGUGGUACAAUGAGAUUGGGAAAGAGGCGCACAUAUCUUGAACCUAGUGUUGUAGCACAAUUGUACAAGAAAGAUGUGGUUGAAGAGCGGCAUAGGCAUAGGUAUGAAGUAAACCCAGAAUAUAUUGAACAGCUGGAGGCAGCUGGCCUGCGCUUUGUGGGAAAAGAUGAAACCAGGACUCGGAUGGAGGUUGCAAUUGUUGAGGGACAUCCAUACUUUGUUACUGUACAGUUUCAUCCUGAAUACCUAUCCAGACCACUUUCUCCAAGUCCACUCUUCUUAGGGCUGAUCUUAGCAUCACUUGGAAAAUUAAAGCAUUACCUGCUGAAGGGUUGUCGUCUUAGUCCAAGAAACCAGUCAGAUGUGAGCUCAGAUGACGAGGAAAACUUGAGCAUGAGUUCUCUAAAUAUCUCCAAAAAUGGUGAGACAGUCACAGAAAUCAAUGGAAUACAUUAGAAGUACUCAGUGGAGACCAAUAAAUGGAUAUUAUUUUUACAGAUUUAAGCAUAAUUUUAUAAAGUUAUGUUAUUUUUAUUUAUUAAGCUUAAGUGAACACCAAUAGCAAGCUGAACUUGUUAAAAAAAUUAAAUAGGGUAUUUGACUAUUUCAAAGUAGGGCAAAGAGGGAUCACUAUAACAGGAUAUUGUUUAAAGAAGUAUAGCUCCUUCAUAAUGAAGAAAUAGGAACUUGUUUCUUUUAAGAUAGCUAUUAUUAAGGUAUAAUUUGCCCCUACAUUUCCAUCAAAAAACUUCACAGACUACUUGUUUUAGAGACUAAAUUGAGAUAACUAUCGAAAAGUCAGACAAUGUCACGGGGUCUAUUUAGUCGGUGGCUUAAAAGGGUUAUUUUCUUUUGAUAAAUAUAAAGUACAAACAAUAUCAGUAUUAAAUCUUUAAUAAAACAUCAAUGACUUCUACAUGGCAAUUAUAUAAAAGCAAAAACUGUAACCUAGCUUUGUUGCUGUCACAGUUUAUGUUAACAUAAGCUGUACCAACAGCGGAAGUAUACUUAAUAUGUGCCCAUUUAUGGCAAUCAGUGCACUGUAGCCCUUCUCCUGGAAGGCUAUCUGUAUCGGCCUCGACACAAACAAGGCAAAAGUAUUCUUCCUUUUCAGAACUCUUAAAAAUGUCUUUCAUCACUGCCUUAUUAUUGAAACAAACAAUUUUCUUGUCACCCUUCCUUUGCUGUUUACUCUGCUCUGCAGCAAGUACAUCAGUCAAAAUGGCACAAAAAUUUUUUUUCCCAUGUUUCUUUUUACAAACCUGCUUUUUCCUGCAAUCUUCAAAUCAAUUUUCUAUUAUAUUUAAAAGCACAUUGAUAUGCAAGACUGUGGACAUCUAAUGGAGUUAAUCCAUAAUAUAUGGAAGCAAAUUUGAGAUGAUUAAAAAUUUGUCGAGUAUUAGUAAACUGUUUGAACACAUCAGGAUCAGCUUUCAACUUUUGACUUUAAAUAGAUGUUGUUAGUACAUACCGAGCCAAUUUGACUACACAAUCUUAAGCAGGAAUAUAAUAUAUAUUGUAUUAACACACAACUAUUAUAAAAUUUGGAGUUAUUAAAAUAAUUUCCAGAAACCGGUCAAAUACCCUAUUGGCCUGUAUUUAACUUGAAUAUAUUGAUGAAGGUGCCAAAUCAAACUCUACCGCAGGCAUAAGAUGGAGUGAAUAAGAUAAAUAGUUAUAAGUUUACUAAAAAUACAUAGAGAGUAAGAAUAAAUGAUGUUUGAACAUAAAUUUCAUGUUUACUAAAAGUUCCAUUACAAUAUUGAAUCUCUGUCUGUUGUAAUAAGCAUAAUAAUGUAUCGAUAUCGAAUACUUCCAACGGAAGUUCAUGUUUAGUGUUACAAAUGCUGCCAUUCCAUAAAAUAGAACGUUUUUUUUGUUAGUAUCACUAAUAAUGCUAAUAGUGUAUUGAAUAGAUUUAAUAAAAAAAUUGGCAUGAUAA